AUGCAACAACCCAGCAUCCAGCGUGCCCCGCCAUACGUCCUCGAAGGCGAGGGCGACCACGUCCUCUCGAAGCGCAAACUCGACGAACUCGUCCGCCAAGUCACCGGCUCCGCCCCAACGACCAGCAGCAGCAUCAACAAAACCAACAAGGACGACGUGCUCCCCACCAGCAUCCUCGACCCGGACGUCGAGGAAUCCAUCCUUCAGGUCGCUGACGAUUUCGUCGACAACGUCAUCACCGCCGCCUGCCGUCUCGCCAAGCUCCGCCCUAACCAGACGUUGGACAUUAGGGAUGUGCAGCUCGUCCUCGAGAGAAACUACGGCAUCCGCAUACCGGGAUACUCGCUCGACGAGGUACGCACGGUGCGUAAAUUCCAACCGGCGCCCGGUUGGCAGACGAAGAUGCAAGCGGUGCAGGCCGGGAAAGUCAUGGGUAGCCGGGAGCCGUGA